AUGCAAUCUGGAGCGAGCGAAAGACUACUUUUACAAGAUUUUCGUGCCUGUUUACAGCAAGUUAGGAAAGGAGUAUUAGUUCAACCAUCAGUUGCUAAUACUUUUCAAUGGCAAGUCACGAUGAUGCCAAAUAAUGGAAUAUACAAAGAUCAAAUUCUUACUUAUCUUAUUAUUUUCGAUAAUUUCCCAGCAUCUGUACCUAAAAUUGUCUUUCAACCAGGAAUUGUUCAUCCAUUAAUUUAUCCACAAACAAGAGUUUUCGAUACAUCUGAAAUGUUCAAAGAAUGGAAUGUUUCAGUUCGUGUAUACACAUUAAUCAACUACAUUUACGAUUCAUUCAUUGAAAUUUUAAUCCCAGGAAAUAGAGAAGUUCCAAAUCCAGAAGCAGCAAGUAAAAUGCGUCGUGGAGGUGAUGCAUAUGCAAAGAAACUUAUUGAACAGCUUCCUCCUCCACCAUCUCCCACAGAAUUAAGCGAAUUGAAUGUACCAAAGAACUGGAACAAGCAAAAGGAAAGAAUUGCUCAUAUUCUCUCAUCAUCACACAAAUAA